UGUUAAUAAGGUGACUUUUGGAAAGCCUCUAGUAAGCCUUUAAGGAUGGAGGCUGGUUGCCAAAGAAACCAAUCAUGACUAGAGUGUUGGAACUUUCAAUCCCAUCCGUCUAUUCUCCCAGCCCCACCUAUGAGGAGGAGAGAGGGACUGGGAGUUGAAUCACUCACAGAUGGCCAGUGAUGUAAUCAAUCAUGCCCAUGUAAUGAAGCUUCCAUAAAAACUCAAAACUCAUGAGGUUUAGAGAGCGUUGCACACCCCAGUUCUUAAUGUGCUCGGGACCCUUUGGACCUCAUCCUAUAUACCUCUUCAUCUGGCUGUUCAUCUGUGUCCUUUAUAAUAAACUGGCAAAUGUAAGUUAAUGUUUCUUUGGGUUCUGUGAGCCUUUCUAGCAAAUUAAUUGAGCCUAAAGAGGGGAUCAUGGGGACCACCAAUUUAUAGCCAGUUGGUCAGGAGCACAGGUAACAAUCUAGGUCCGCAGGUGGCAUCUGAAGUGGGGAGUCUUAUAGGACUAAGCCCUUAACCUGUGGGAUUUGAUGCUAUCUCCUGAUAGUGUCAGAAUUGAGUUAAAUUUGUAGGAUACCCAGUUAGUGUUUACUAGGAUUGGAGAAUUGCUUGAUAGUGUUGGAAAACACACAUCAGAAUACAAUUGUGAUCAAGGAAGAUACUUGAUAUAACGUCCUUCUUAAUUGAAUUUGUUGAGAUUUGUUUUGUGCUCUAACACGUUCUGUCCUGGAUAAUGUUUUGUAUGCACUUGAGAAGAAUGUGUAUUCUGCUGUUAGAUGGAAUGUUCUGUAUAUGUCUCUAAGAUCGAUUUGGUCUAUAGUGUUGUCAGAUCUUCUGUUUCCUUAUUGAUUCCCUGCCUGGCAGUUCUGUCUGUUGGUGAGAGUAGGAAUAUUGCUGUUUAUUGCUCCCUUUAGUUCUGUUACUGUUUGCUUUAUAUAUUUAGGUGCAUAAAAAUUUACAAUUGUUAUAUCCUGUUAAUGAAUUGACUCCUUUAUCAUUGUAUAAUGACCUUCCUCAUCUCUUGGUUUCUUUAAUUCUACUGUUCUUUUAGUGGUACAGAACUUAAUUUCCUCUAGUUCAAGCUCCUUCUCAAUGAGAAAAUCUACUCUGUGACACAUCCUUGAAAUUGGGAAGGCGGGCUGACCAGUAAUGGAGAGAGCUCAUAGCUUUGUAAAUUUACUUAAGCUUUGUUUGUCUUAAUACAAAUUGCCUUCAUUCUUCUAGGUUGGCUAUCUGGAAUAAUCUAGAACUACUUGAUUCCAAGGGACAGUUCUUCAAGAUAUUUGAUAGCAACUGUAAAUGUUCUUCCAUUCAAGAUUUUGAGUACUCAUCUCAUUUUUACCAUUUUCCCUAAGACUUAGUUUUAGAACCUCUCAGUAUCCUGGGAUCCAUCUUCUAAAUGAUAAUUAGUUUCCUUUCUCAAAUGUGACAUUAGAGUUAUUGAUAACCAUUCAAAAUAAAGAGUAGGGUGGUUUUCUAGCUUGAUAUAGUCCUUAUGCUUCCCAUUAAUGUCCUAAGAUACAGUCUUUCUUUUAAAAUUUGUCACAGUAAGUUACAUAAAUGACUCAUAAUAAACCGAAACUAAGUUUUUUGUGAAGCCAGGUUUCCUGUUUUGUAUUUAUGUAACUGGUAAUUGCCUAAUCUAAAUGCAAGAUUUUUUAACUUACCCCUAUUUAAUUUCCUCUUGACACUGUCCUUUAGAAAUCAUAUUGAAUCGUAAUUCUAAGGUCUUAUUUAUCCUGAUGGGUUUUUUGGUCUCCACAAGUUUAGUAAAUGUGCUUAAUGAUUUUAUGCUAGACAUCCAAAACUAGAAUUUUUAUCAAACAUGGUGGUUUGACUGAGUACAUGUAUUUCUUUUCCUCUUCAAAUAGUACUAAAAUUACAAUAAAGGAAUAAAAAGAGGCAUAAGACCCCAGGGACAAAAAUGAGUGGAAGAAGAAGAAACCACCAUAGUUGAGAAAUUUUAUCUAUUUUUUAGAAGAUACAAAAUGGAUAGAAGAGUGUUAAGUAAUUUAGCCAAAUGGAAGAAGUUACACCCCGGGUUUUCUGCAGAGACAAGCAAGCGAGUUUACCCAGCACAACCUCCCCAGAGACUCAACAUUGGUAACAAAAUGUCUCCAAAAAGACAAGGAUGAGGCUUGAGAUUAAAAGUAGGUAAUGUUAAAAAAAAAAAAAAAAAGUAGGUAAUAUUUGAAAGUUUUAUAUGAAGUGGUUGAAUCAUGCAAACUACUUCUUCCCCCUCUAGGAAACUGGGGAUUUUUUUCUCCAAGAAAAUGGAAGCUGAGGGUUCUGGACCCAGGAACAUCAGAUGCAUGAAGAGGAUAGGGGUUUGGAGCCAAGGAAUUAAAUGAAAAUCUGCAUACAGACUGAUGUUCUCAAAUAGUGAUGAAGCUGUAAUCAAUAAAAAACUUCCCAAAGAACUUCUAUUACGGAUAUUUUCUUUUCUGGAUGUUGUUACCUUGUGUCGCUGUGCUCAGGUCUCCAGGGCCUGGAAUGUUCUGGCUCUGGAUGGCAGUAACUGGCAGCGAAUUGACCUGUUUGAUUUCCAGAGGGAUAUUGAGGGCCGGGUAGUGGAGAAUAUUUCAAAACGAUGUGGGGGCUUUUUACGAAAGUUAAGUCUUCGUGGGUGUCUUGGAGUAGGAGACAAUGCAUUAAGGACCUUUGCACAAAAUUGUAGGAACAUUGAAGUACUGAAUCUAAAUGGGUGUACGAAGACUACAGAUGCUACAUGUACUAGCCUUAGCAAGUUCUGUUCCAAACUCAGGCACCUUGACUUGGCUUCCUGUACAUCAAUAACAAACAUGUCUCUUAAAGCUCUGAGUGAGGGAUGUCCACUGUUGGAGCAAUUAAACAUUUCCUGGUGUGACCAAGUAACCAAGGAUGGCAUCCAAGCACUAGUGAGAGGCUGUGGGGGUCUCAAGGCCUUAUUCUUAAAAGGCUGCACACAGCUAGAAGACGAAGCUCUCAAGUACAUAGGUGCACACUGUCCUGAACUGGUGACUUUGAACUUGCAGACUUGUUUACAAAUCACAGAUGAAGGUCUCAUUACUAUAUGCAGAGGGUGCCAUAAGUUACAGUCCCUCUGUGCCUCCGGCUGCUCCAACAUCACAGAUGCCAUCCUGAAUGCUCUAGGUCAGAACUGUCCACGGCUUAGAAUAUUAGAAGUGGCAAGGUGUUCUCAAUUAACAGACGUAGGCUUUACCACUCUGGCUAGGAAUUGCCAUGAGCUCGAAAAGAUGGACCUGGAAGAGUGUGUUCAGAUAACAGAUAGCACAUUAAUCCAACUUUCUAUACACUGUCCUCGACUUCAAGUAUUGAGUCUGUCUCACUGUGAGCUGAUCACAGACGAUGGAAUUCGUCACCUGGGGAAUGGAGCCUGCGCCCAUGACCAGCUGGAGGUGAUUGAACUGGACAACUGCCCACUAAUCACAGAUGCUUCCCUGGAGCACUUGAAGAGUUGUCACAGCCUUGAGCGGAUAGAACUCUAUGACUGCCAGCAAAUCACACGGGCUGGGAUCAAGAGACUCAGGACCCAUUUGCCCAAUAUUAAAGUCCACGCCUACUUCGCACCUGUCACUCCACCCCCAUCAGUAGGGGGCAGCAGACAGCGAUUCUGCAGAUGCUGCAUCAUCCUAUGACAAUGGAGGUGGUCAACCUUGGUGAACUGAGUAUUUAAUGACACUUCUAGAGUUACAAUGGAGUCUCCAGUGGAAGCAACCCCAGUGUUCUGGGCAAGGGUUACAAAGUGAGGGCAGCGUCCAGAUCCCCGAGGCACACAUAACAUGCACACCCAUCCUCACCCCCACCUUCUAGUUCUGUGACCAGGGGACUGAAGCCCAUGCCGGCUUUAUCAAGUGGAUUGGUGAAACUUAACCAUUCCUGUUGGACAUGCCAAGAAGAAAAUCAUAGGCAAGGUAGAGGGAAGGGGGCAUUCCAGCAAACCCAGUGUUACUGAUAUUGCAGUUUCUUCAUUUUGUUAAGGGGUUUCUUUGGUGAUUUUGGAACAGCAACUGCAGUCCUCCAGGGUCAAGGAAAGCAUAGAAAAACAGUAUAUGUUAUAUCCAGGGACCAGAAAGAAAAUUUCUUUGCAUCCUAUAAAUGAUAGCCAUCCAUCGUGAGAUGACUACAGAGCUUCUCUGCUUCCUUGUUCCCAUGCCAACAUGCUGAGCAUGCUCACAAAGAAGGCUCAUCCAUUCCUCCUCCUGUGUUUAAGUAUUUGGCCCAGAGGUUUCCUAAAUGGUUGCGCUGAAAUCGCUGUGGUCCAAAUGUGCUUACUCACUCAAAUUGUCACUCUCGGUAGCACACUUGUGCACCUGUCUUUCGUUCUUUGUUGCUCCCUCCUGCACUCUUGCUCAGUCUGUCACCUGUUCAUAGUCUGCUUACUCACACUCAAUUGUUACUCUUUUGCUGUUGUGUUUACAGUGUGCAUUUUGGAUGAUUAGUUGGGGUUACCAGACAUUUUUAAAAAAGACAUUAUCAAUAAAUAUUUUUUUAAUUCUAAA